GGUGUGAUCUUGUACAGUAGUAUAAAGGUCAGAUGGGAACGAUACUGAUACUUUUAAUAACCAGACAGUUAUCGUGUGCGAACAAAGUAAAGAAAACUACCUAUGGAUGGUGAGUGGGAGUUCCUCUACGCCGAUGAAGUCGAAGAAUACGUCUCUGAAAAUGGGAUAUCCAAUAUUGACGAAUUUUUCAAGGAGAAACUGGAGGGCUGGCAAGACGCUGAAGUGAACAUCGGUGUCACGGGAGAUUCCGGAACUGGCAAAUCCAGCUUUAUAAAUGCUAUAAGAGAGGUCGAUGACGAUGCUGAGGAAGCAGCAAAGGUUGGUGUUAAAGAGACAACACUGUUCCCGACCUGCUAUGACCAUCCUAGCAAUCCUAAGAUCAAGUUAACUGAUCUGCCGGGAGUGGGCACGCCAAGGUUAUCCGAUCUGGACUCGUACUGCCGGGAGACCAACCUAGACGACUAUGACACCUUCCUCAUUUUCUCUUCAACCAGGUUUACUAAAAAAGACUGGGAAUUGGCUGAAAUAAUUCUCUCUUUGAAGAAGAAGUUUUUCUUUGUUCGUAACAAAAUUGACGAAAACGUAAGAGCAGAGCAGCGUAAAAAGUCAACAUUCAACGAGACAGCAGUGUUGGAGGAAAUCCGCAACGACUGUGUGCACAAUUUAUCCCACUUACUAAAGAAUAUGGAAGACGUCUUUUUGAUCAGCAACCAUUACCCUUUGAAAUGGGACUUUGAUCGUUUAACGUGUGCUAUCUUGGAUGUUCUUCCGAUGCGCCAAAAAGAGGCCCUGUGUCUAAGUUUAAAAGCAAUGUCAAAACAUUUCCUCAAGAAAAAAAUCGAGUUACUUUGUGCGAGAAUUCCUUUAGUCGCAGGUUUAUCGGCGGUUUCCGCUGCCAUCCCUAUUCCGGGACUGUCAAUCGCUGUAGAUAUCGGUUUGAUUACUAAAGAACUGAAAUUGUACAGGUCGCAAUUAGGCAUACCUAGUGAAGGGUGCAAGAAGUUCCUAAUGUUGAAACCGGCUACUCAAGCUCUGAUCAGUCAAAUUUUUCAGACCAUAGCCAGCGCUGCGUCUCUCUUCAGUAAAUAUUACGUCGCCGAGACAGCUUUGGAGGAAGUGGCAAGGUUACUGGUUCCAAUACUGGGUUCGGUGAUUGCUGGAGGUAUGUCAUUCACUACAACAUACUGCGUUUUAAAACAGCAGCUGGAUGAAAUUUCAGAGGUGGCCUUUAAGGUUCUGGAGGAAACUACCCGGUUAUCAUCAGAGGAUCACCAUGAUUAAGCGAAGACAAGCACUGCAGAUACUUUUCCCUUGUUACAGUUCUAAACACUAGCUUUCUAUAACCAUAGUUAAUAGGGGGUGACCAUCAAGAAGCCGCAUAGUCUAGAAAACACAUUACAUUUUGUAGAAGAUAUUUUUCAUUUGUUCAGCUGGCUCCACCUGCUAUCUGGGCUAUUUUCCCUCUCUCUCAAUAAGGCACAAGAGGCGCCCAAAUACAGGUUUCAGUUCUAGGAAACAUUUUAUAGAGCUAUAUUUCAUUGCUACAUGUAUAGUUUUUAUAGAUAAAAAUGUGCUUUGGUUCUUUAAAUUUUUUCGACUUUUCGAAUUUAUAUCAAAUUGGAAUAAUAUAGACCACUUUUGAAGAAAUGAUUCGUUCAGCUAAUACUUUAUCAUAUGACCCCAAUAGGCUCUUUAAGCACAGUUUGCGCCUGAAUACCACAUGAAUGAAAUUAUCUUAUAGUCAACAUUAACUUGUAAAAAAUGUGUUGAGUGUUAUUGCAUGUAGGUGAUGAAUAAUUAAAGUGUCUUCUUGAAGCUUGAA